AACUAAAUCCCCACAAGCUCCGAUUCAGCCUCCCAGACAAUCUAUCAGAGAAAUCUGAAGUAGACAGUCUGAAGAACCCCCUCUCUCCACAAAACUCACUGCAAGAUCCGACUCCAGAGGACGAGAUAAUCAUGUUCACAGCAAAGUCCAGGGUGCACACUCCAAUUCCAGAACUUAAGGAAGAAUCCUCAGACACGAAUACAAAAUGCUCGUCAUGCACACCAGCGACAUCUAGAACAAUAACCGAAACUAUUCUCCCUUGGAAACGUGAAGACGACUGUGUCGGUGAAGACUGUGUUCAAAGACAGAAAGAAUUCCCUCCUUGGAUCGAUAAUAAAGCAUAUCAUCUUUAUACUUCACCACCAAACACAUUUUUGAAAAAACUCCGCCCCACGGAGGAGAAAAAGAGCCAAGACAUCUUCUCCAUUUUUGAGCUCCGCACUAAAUUAAAAGAGAAAUCAGAUGACAACUCGUGCGAAACUGCCAGCCUCAACUCUGUCUGUGAUGAGAACGAGAAAAUAGAUGAAGAAAAUGAGGAGGAUGUUGAAUACAGUGAAGAAAAUGAGGAAUCUGAUGACAACACUAGUGACCCCACAAAUCAUAAUUCUGUUCAUAAUGAAACGGUGAAAGAGGUCGACCAAGAAAAAUUCGUUGACCACGGGCCAAGACCCUACAUUAUCGACUACAGAUAGAAGUCGAGCCAAUGAAAUGGUGUCGACUACAGAUGAAAGUCAAGCCAAUGAAACGGUUAUUGAAAUGCUCGAGGAGGAAGAUAUAACUAAUCAAACCGAAACCAGAUUUUAACAUUUGUUUCUUGUAAUUUUGUUACAUAUACACCUUUUUUUUUCAUAUAUUUUGUUUCUCUGGCAUUUAUUAUUUUGUAAAGAUUUUGGUUUCGAAGCAUUUACUUGUAUAGGUAAUCAUAAAAAAAUUUUAAAUUAUGUUAUGAUAGUUUAUAUUUUUAUCCUUUUAUGUAGAAGAAAAAACUUGGUAACGGUUCAGUGGUAACUUAUUACACUAUAAAUUUGGUAUCGACGUCCACGGCAGAUAUAGCUCACUUGUGUACUUUUGUGCUUUUAGCAACAACCAAACAAACAAAUAAUCCAUGUGCAAAGCUAUGUUUCGUCAGAUCAAUCUUCAUUAUUUUGGCUUUAAAACAGGCAUUCACUGCAGUAAAGCAAGGGAAAGAAUUCAGCAAAUAUGUAAUAGUUGCUAAUUGGUCUUCUUAUACAUUUUUUUUUCCUUCAGAUUUUGCCCUAAUUUGCAAAAUAACUACAACUUUUUAUUUAUUUUGUAUUAACCAUUUAAAGGGAACACUCUUACAACUGAAAAUAAA